AUUGAGCUUUGAAUGGUGUAUGAGAGUGGAGCUUUUUCGUCUCUGUCAGUGAAAAAUGCAAAUGGCGGCAGUUGGCAGUGUUGUUAUUAUUCGUAAUAAAAGGUUUUUUAUAAGAUUUAUCGUGAAUUCAGCAAUGGACAAGUAGAAAUAUGUCAGCUAAUAUCCUCAAAAUAUUAGUUAUUCACCGUUUCUGAGUGUACGAUUGCAUAUUUUCGUGGUUUAAGUGUGUCAUGCAAAUGGGAAUGGCAGCGGAUAGUGACGGCACUUUGACGGCAGUUGUUAUCUGCGAAGGGGAUGUACGGGAUCCCGAGUUUCCCAAGAAAUUCCGUGUGUUAUUGGCGAGGCUGAAAGCCCUUCUUGAACAACCAAAAUCUAAGAAGUUGAAAGUGAACAAGGUGGAACCAUGGAACAGUGUCAGAGUAACUCUUUCCAUUCCAAAGGAAGCUGCCGUGAGAUUGAGACAGUUGGCGGCGGAAGGGAGUACUGCAUUGCGGGCUCUUGGCAUUCUCUCGGUACAGCUGGAGGGAGACACUGUGAUAUCGUUGCGCCUGAUGGGACAGGAAAUUGUCCUUAGAACAGAGACAUCAAGUGCAGCUGGUUGCUCACAGGAAACAUCGGGUAUCGGUGAAUUGGGUCGGAUUUUGUCGCAGGCCCAACAGCAACAGACUACAGCUCAGCACUCGUCGACAAUUGUGAAUGGUCCCGCUGGUGGUGCAUCAAGUGCAGUGGUACCAACGGCUGGACCGUCACGUAGUAGUGGAAGUACAAGCACCAUCAAUCCAUCUAGUAGUACAACACCGGGAAAUGUCAAUUUGAUUGUGUCCAAUGGGGUACAGAUUAAGAGUCAACAACAACAGACACAGGGUGUUUUUAAGUCACCCAAUACUGUGUGCCCAAUGGAUGGAAAGUUGCCGGUGCAUGUGCCCAAUGUGGAGGCAUGCGAGUAUCCCUUUGAGAGCAUGACGCAGGCCCGUGUAAUACAUCGUCGUGAGAAUACGCUGGGGAUACAAGGACAGGGUAGUGGUGGAAGUGGUGGGGCUUUUGUCCAGCAAACAGCAACCAUUGCAACAGCCCCCCCUCCGCCACCACCUUAUCCGACAAAGGUGCCUACUGUGACACAAGUGGGCAAUAAUGGUGGCGUCAAGAUGGGAACUGUGGUAACAACUGGUGGUAUUCAGCAACAAUCACCAAAUGUGGCCAGUUCGAGUCCACUGUUGGUGAAUCUGCUGCAAAAUGAGGGUGCUGCAGGUCAGGUGCAUAUGCCGAAAAUACAGCAACAUGCCCAGGGCAAUUUAAAGAGUGGGCAGGAACUUGUGGUUGUGGGGGAGAAUGUGAAGAACAGUGCGGUGGGACAUAUGGUGACACCCUGUACCGGUGAUGUACAUGAGAAUACAGUGGGUGUUGUUGUGAAUAAGAUGGGCAACAGUAAACAGACACUAAGUGGACAGUUGCAUCAGCAGCAAUCACAGACAUUUGUUGUGAGUGGUGUACCUGUUAAUAAUUCUCAUGCGAGUAACAUUGUGAACACUGCCCCAGUGGCAAAUAUAGUGAACAGUGUGAAUAGUGGAGGUGGUGGGGGUGGUGGUGGUGUUGGUGGUAUUAUGUCAGGAAUGACCGGUAGUAUACCACAGACAGUACAGAUGGUCGGUGGAGGAAAUACAGUGCCUUCAAAUAUUAAACUACAGUCUCGCUUUAUUGGGCAUGCGAAUCCUCAGGCGGUGCAGAUGAGAGGUGGUGUUGUUGGGCAUCAGGCACAGCAGCAGCAGCAGCAGCAGCAACAACAACAACAACAACAAAGAGUCAUGAUCACCCAUCAUCAGGCACAUCAGCAAACACAUGGAACAGUGCCUUCGGUGACACAGCCACAGCAUCAAGUGCUCCAGGAGAUGGCGUUCAGGCAGACACCUCAGGGGAUGCAAUAUGGCAAUAUGCAGUCUGCGGUGUCAGCAACAUCAUCACAGUCAACAUACAAUCCGCGGUGGCCUUUGAAACCAAUGGACUCAGCGACAAAGUCCAGCUUUCAGGAAUUCACGCGCUAUCAGAUGCAAUACAAUUUGAGUCAGCAGCAGCAGCAGCAGCAGCAACAACAACAACAACAGCAACAACAUUUGCAAGAAGCAAAUUUUGAUGCUAAUAAUCACUUGGAUAGCGGUACAAAUUCCCAUCUAACACCAGCCUCAUAUGCUGCCAGUGGCGGAGAUAUCAAUCACCAAACAGUGGGGCAUUUAGGGGGUACACAAACACCAGUCACGGGUUCCAGUGCAAUGGUGACCACACAUACAGACCAUCUAGGGGUCUUAGGGGAUUUGGAUGAGAGUCUCAAGGAUCUGGACGCCCUCAUACCCAGUUUAAAUUCAUGUGAUUUUGAACAUAGUUUGUCAUUGGAUCCAAAAGCACCAUUUGAGUCUCUUCUGGAUCUUGAUCUAUCAUCAGACCAGCAAGCCAAUAGCAUUGGACUCGGCAGUGGAAUAACUGUGAGUAGUACUGCUGCUGCAGUAUCACAGAAUCAGUCAAAUGUGCCAGAUGGAGGAGUGAUGACAAAACAACAACAACAACAACAGCAGCAGCAGAUGGAUAAGCAAAAGCAGUAUCUGAUAAAUCCAUUGACGGGGGAACUAGAACCUAUGGCGUCGGAUGAAAGUGCAUCGGAAGCUGAAGUGGAUGAUGCAGCAACAUUCAAUGCCUUCAAUUCUGAAAUGUCAAAUAGCAUCUUUUCAGAUGAUGACAAUUCCUGCAGUACGGGCUUCUCUAAGAUGUCUGAUCACAGUGACACAGAAAGAUCUAAUAAUUCUGAAAAUUCUCACAAAAGUAGCAAAAGUAGCAAGGCAAAGUCGAAAGAGAAGCGCGAUGGGGUAAAAAGUACCAAGAAGGCAAGUGUAAAAGAUAAAUCAUUGAAAGCAACAUUCAAAGAUAAACUGCAGCAAGGUAUUAAAGACAAAUUGAGUAAUAAAGGUAAAUUUGUGGGGACAAAAGAAAAGGAUAGACCUAUAAAAGUUGUGCCUAAAAUUGUGUCAAAGCAGCAAUCACUGGAUGAACCACCAGCAGGGAAGAUGUGUCCGGAAAAGAUAAAAUUGCGAUUGAAAUUGGAGAAAUCUGAACCAAUAACACCGGUAUACAAAGCAGAUGUGAGUUUUAUCAAUACACAACCAAAACGUGCCCAGAGUUCAACAACAUCGGGCCUCCCGUCGACUAUUACGACACUGUUGCAGACAGCUGCUGGUGGCAAUGGUGGAAGUGGUAGUGCAUCACCACAAUCGUCAGUUGGUGUCAUUCAGCAAUUUUCAUCUGCAUCCCCAUCUGCUCAGUUUACACAGCAACAAUCCUCCUCACCAUCGCCCGGUGAGGAAUUGCGUGUCCCACCACUCCAUAUAAGUCUACGUGGGCGGAAUUCCAUGGUGAUACGCAAUAGUAAGAAAGAUCGGAAGAAAUCUCAGAGUGGUGAUGUGGAUGACGAUGGUGGGAGCAGUAAGAAGGCCACAAAGAGGAGUGUUGUGUAUGAAAAGGAAGUGAGUGAUGUGGGUGAAAGUGAAUUUCUCAUGAAACUCAAGGCUGCUAAAAAGGAUGUGGAUAAGUCACUCAAUGAGAUCACAGCUACAAUUGUUACAUCUGGAAAGAUAAGUGAGAGUACGGGGGUAACACAGGGUGGUGGAUCAUUUAAUACUAGUCAGGGGAAUAAUCAGAGCUACACCACCACCACCAUCACCACAACAACAACAACCACCACAACUGCCGCGGUAUCCUACCAAACAUUGCCAACAACCGGUGAUCAGGCAAUUAUUGGUGAGAGUGGAUCGAGUGGCAAUGUGACUGAUGGAAAACAGAUCAAUGAUCUCUUGAUGCACUCAACCAAUGGGGUUCUUUUGCCAGCUGAAAAGAAAAGACGUAUGUCGAGCAAUGAUAUUUCAUCUGGACCAAAAGAUCCUAGUGAGAGAUAUUUAGUGCUAACGGCACCAAUUGGAUCAACAAAUGUUGGAACUCUGCCACAACACUCAACACUCUCAACGGCAAAAAUCCAAAAGGGUAAUAAUAACAAUAAUACGGUCAAUCGUCUACAUAAGGCCAUUGUGAAGCAAGCAAAAUCAUUGAAAAACAAGGAACGCAUCACGACGUCUGUGGUGACUAAGGAGGGUAAUCGUACUCUUGUUACAAUGACAACUAUUGGUGUAGCGAAUCCGGAUGUUAUACAGCAAAAAUCAGUUUUACCACAGGGUAGUGUUGAUGCCAUCAGUGAGGAGAAGUUUAAGCAAAAAUUUUUGGAAAAUGAAAAACCGUCGCCUACUAAGAUUUCAGAGAUUGCUACGCCGACGGUACAAUCAAGUGGCGGUAGUGGUCAAAAUAUGACAGAGUCUCAGGCAAAGAUGGUGGCAAAAAUUGAGAAAGUUUUGCCACCGGGAAAGGCCGUUACUGUGGUAGCUCGAAAUUUGGUAGAUGGUAAGAAUGCAUCAUUGGGCACCAGCAAUAAUUCACCUAAAAGGGAUCUCACCACAGUUGACCCAAAUGUGAUGGUGCAGGGUGUGCGUGGAUCACCGGGUUCUCAGGCCCAGGGUGAGGAUAGUGGAAUUGAAUCAAUGGACGCAUUGUCGGAGAAGAGUCCACAUCAAGCGUCACAGAGUCCGCAGGCUGAAUUGGCUACAACGACAACAAAACAGGUGGCUAGUCCAAAGGAUACCAGUGUUCCGGUUGUCACUACAAUUCACAAUGUGCCGAAAAAUGCGGUAAUUGUGAAGCCGAAGAGUAACAAGAUCAACAAUAUUGAUGAUUUUCACAAUAUAGAUAUAGAGGCUGCUCUGGCAAAGAUGGAGGGUAUCAAUGACAUGAUUAUCACCACAAACUGUGAUACUGAAAAGGUAAAUGGUGACUAUUCGCUAAGUGAGGUGGAACUUUUAAGCAAUUUAAGCAAUCAAAAGAGUGCAACAAGUGUGACACUUAGUGAUCACCAUAUCGACAGUGUUAAGAGUAAUUGCAAAGAUAUGAAUGAGAAUAAGGAGGUAACAUCAAAGUUGACCAUUGAGGCUCAAAUUCUCGAUGAAUGCUGCAAUAGUGAAAAGAAGGGUAUAUCAUCUCCAAUGUGUGAAAGUAAGUCCGGCAGUGAACCAAGUGGUGAAGGAACUGAAAAGGAUGAUGAUAAAGGCUCUAAAGGGACAAUGGUGGAGUGUGACAAGGAGCCCCAACCUGUUCGUAUUGUUCCAGCUCUGUAUACAUACUCCAAUUCCGAUAAGGUGGCUAGUCGAGAAGCUACCUCAGAUGGCACAAAUACUGGUCAACAGCAACAAAAGGAGAUUCUUCAGCAACUUUGCAUUGAGAUACCCACCACAAAUGAUUCGGAUAAUGUACCACGAGUACGAACGAGAGCCAGUAGUCGUCUUGAGAGUCCACUAGAUGUGCCCAAACAAAGUCCAUCAUCUGAUACACCUACGCUUGUUACAACUGUCACCACGAAAAUGGUGCAAAAAUUGUCAGCGGCUGCUAUUGAUAAAUUGAGCCCAAAGACAGCCAGUAAAGUUGCCAAAAGGAAACGUCAGGGCUCUGAGAGUUCAACGCAGUCCAGUGUGAGCGAUGAUACACCUGGGAGAGCAAAAAAGACUCGUAAGACCAAUUCUGAAAUGGGUACAAGUACCAACACUACUGGUAAAAAUCUUCAAAGUGCUGCCAGUGGGAAAAAGACCGAAGGAAAAUGUACGAUUACAUCAACUGCAAAUACAGCGGCAGCUUCAGGUGCCAAUGCUACAGCAGCCGGAGCAAAGACAACGGAUAGUGUGGUGAAAAAAUGUGAGGAUUCUUCGGAUAGUGAUGAACCACUCAUUGAAAUUGCGGGUAAAGUGAGAAAUUCCAAACUUACCAAAAGCAACACAUCUCACACCCAAAUAGUCCUGCAACAUAAUUCGUCGGAACCUGUUGAGAAGAUUUUGCGGAAUCACAAGGUGGUCUUGCCCAGUGGUAUAACCUCUACAUUAAUUAGCAAUUCAGUGAAUGCAGAGGUGGAGGAAAGUGGUGGCAGUAAGAAUUCUCACAUCCCCAAAGGUGUUACAAUUAGUCGGAUAAAUGCAGCGGCGAUGGAUGAUAAGAUCAGUACGAGACGCAGUGUUCGCAUGACGACAUCCACGACAAUUGGACUCGGUGGGAAGAUGAAUAAAGCAGGACACAGUGCUACCAGCAAUGAUUCCGGCAAGAUAGGUCAUCAGGUGCAGAAGACUGUGGGCAUGGGACAACAAAUUGGAGGGACUGAGCAGAGUGAGGCGAGAAGGAAGACCAGGAGUGCUGCUGGUCUAGAUGCAUCUGAUAACAGGCGGCGAAGAGGCUCGCGCGACAGCAAGUGACCAAUACCUUGCGUCUCAGCUACAACAGUGGAGGCGCAACCGGAUCAUAAUUUAAGUGGUGAUUACAGUUUGGACGCUUACGAUUCAUCAGAUGAUAGCGUUGGACUAUCAAUACUGGCUAUUCCAUUAUAUUGAGUAAGGCGCAUCAAUACAAACAAUAACCAUUAUAUAAUGCAGAAAAAAUUAACUGAAAAAAGGUAUGAUAAUGCCCAUUUUUUUUAAUCACUACAUACACCCACACAACACUUAAAAUUCUCUUUUUAGUGACACAAUAUUGAGAAAUUAAAGAAGAAAAGUAAUAAGAGAUUAUUGGAUAUUAUAUAAAUAAAGAAAUAUAUAUAUAUAUAUACAUACAUAUAUAUUUAGAAAUGAAGAAGAAAAAUUAACACACAAGAUAUAAAAACAGUGUCUUAAAAUGUAUUUUUGGUACAUUGAAGCAGAUAAAAAAAGGAAAAGAAAAAUAUAUUGCAGAAGAAGAAUGAAAUAGGGGAAUGCCGAUGGAAGAAAAAUUUAAAAAAAAAUAAAUAAAUAAAAUCAUAAACAACACAAAUGACAUGAAAUGUAAAGUAAUAAUUUGAUUAAGAUUUUCAAAUCAAUAUUUCAAGAAGUAUUUUUAUAUAAACACAAAUGAGGAUAAAAUUAUAGGAAAAAAAAAUUAAGGAACAAUAAUAAUAUAAACUUUUAGAUGAUAAAAUGAAAAUAUUGCGAAUAUCGUUCAGAAAUAAAUAUAUAUUAACAAAAAAAAAAAAAGAUUUUAUUUAAAUAAAUUCUUAUUGCAUUUUUUUGUAUAGGCAUUGUCAAUGAAUUUCUUCUUUAUUUAUUUUUUCUUCUUUAUUUUUCAAUCACAAUUUUCUCUUUGAAUAGCCAGUAUAGGAGUGAAAGAGUGAAAUUUUUCAUGUUUAGCGACAUGAAUUAUUUCUUUUUCUCAACACUCAAAAACUUCACUGUAUUUCCAAAAUUGAUCAUUUCGAUUGCGUUUCUUUAGAGGAGCAGAAAACAACAACAACAACAAAAACUCGAGACCUUUUUGCCUCACAGUAUACAUAUUUAAGCGAAAAAAAAGCAAAAUAAAAGAAAAUCUUUCUGAUUUCUAGCCAUGACUUUUGUCAUCACAAUUUAAAAAAAAAUCUGUUUUAUUGGAGAAAGAUCUACAUUAAACAAUAGUGAUUGAUGAUUGCUUGAUAAAAGUGAAAGUGUAGAGAAUGGAUAGAAAAUGGAAACAUAACGCAAUUUUUUUCAUAAAAAAAAAAUAUUUUAAAAAAUUCUAAUAAAAAAAUUAAAAAAAACACAUUCACACACUUAAAGAGAGAUAAAGAACCUUGAAUUGAAAUUAAAUUUGUAGAGAAUUCACAUAUAUUUAGUAAGUAAUUUUUCAUGAAAGGAAAAAAAAGGAAGGAAAUAGGAAUAAUACUGUCAUUAGAGGUAUAAAAAGAAAGAUUAAUUUCUUUGUUUUUUUUAAUGAUCUUGUUUAUGUAACAAGUGGAAAAAGAAACUUCUGAUUUUAAAUGCGAUUAAUCGUUCUGAAUGAAUGCGAUGAAUGUGUCUCGAUGGUGGAUGAUGAUAGAUUUACUAGACAUUUUCUAAUUUAAGUGUAAAUAAUAUUUUAUUGCUUAUGAUGUGAAAAUGCAUGAUGGGCAAAAUAAAUUGAUGAUAUUUUGUAAAACAAGAAUUAAUUUAAAAAAAGAAAGAAAAACACAAUACUUUAGUCCCAGUUUAAUUUAUAAUUGGUCUGAAAUCCAUACAUAUUUCAGCUUAAAUUUCUCUCAAGCUAACAAUUAGGAAGAGAAAAAAAAUGAUAAUGUGGAUGGGCGAUUGAAUUGCGAAUUUGUAAAUAUUUAAAUUAAUAUCGGCUGUAAUAUUUUCAAUCACAGACAUUAUUAGAGAAAUAUUCUAUAUUAUUUUGUAGAAAUAUGCAGCUAGUCUCAACAAUACUGGCUAUUGAUGAAAGAAAUCUUAUUAUGAAAUAUACUUUUCUUUUUCAUUUUCAUUUGCAAAACAAAAAGGAAAUUGAAAGUAAUACUACUAAGUGAAGAAAGUAAUUCGGUUCUAGUGUACAAAAUAAUAAAUUUACAGUGUAAUGCAAAAGUACACUUUUUUUCUUGCAAAAGAAAAGUUUAAAAAAAAGAGAGAGGAAAAAAAACAGUAAUUACACGAACAAGGCAAAAAAAAAAGAAAUAUCACAUAAAAAUAAUUUAUUUAGUGAAAUGCAGUGUAUGAAUGGAAAAGGAGUGAAACUGUAACGCAAGAUAUGAAUCAAGUGAUGAGUUAUUUUCAAAAUAAUUUAAAUUUUACAGUAAUAUCAUAUCUAAAGAUAAGUUUAAUUAAUUAAAAUCAAGUAAAACAGAAAUUCACUUUUGCUUCUUUUUCGUGUGCGUGUGACACAUCUAGACAAGUUUAGAAGAAAAAAAAAAUAAAAAAAAAAUAAAUAAAACAAGAACUGAGACAACAUUCUCAUUAAUUCAAGAAAAAAUAGCAUCAUUGAAGAAAGCAGCAAAGUGAAAUUACAAUCUUCUGCAUGAUUCCCCCAUUACAACAAUAACUGUAAGAUUAAAGGAUAAUAGGAAAAGCCAGAGUUAUGGAAAAGUCGCGAGGGAAUAUGUUUAGUUAUUUUUCAACUAAUUACUGUAUUUUAUUUUUUUCACAUCUACAUUAUUUAGUAAUAUUUGAGAAAAAAAAAAUAUAUAUAUAUAUAUAUUAUACAUAAAUUACACAUAUAUGGAUUAAUAAGAAUGCUAACAGAUAAGACGCACGACGAUUUGUUAAAGUCUAAA